CAGUUGGCAAACCUUCUACAAAUCACAUCACUCAGCCUAGAGAUCCCCAUGUGCAUCAAAAGAUUGACCUUCGUUACUGGAAACCCAAAUAAACUGUUAGAGACGAAAUAUAUUCUCUCGCAAGGUGUUCCGGUAGAGAUAGAUUCAGCGGAUCUCGAUAUUCCCGAGCUACAAGGCACUACACAAGAAAUAGCUAUCGCAAAAUGCCGGCGGGCUGCUGAGUUGCUUGGACGUGCAUGCAUCACAGAAGACACGGCACUUUGCUACAAGGCACUGAACGGGUUACCUGGGCCAUACAUAAAACACUUUAUGAAAAACCUUGGUCACGAAGGCUUGAAUAAGCUUUUGGUCGGUUUCGAGACUAAGGAAGCUUACGCACUGUGCACUUUCGCUUAUAGCGCGGGUCCUGGCUCUGAACCUCUCCUCUUUGAAGGGCGCACCGAUGGCACAAUCGUGCCCGCGAGAGGCCCCCCUGUCUUCGGUUGGGAUGCUGUUUUCCAGCCUGUCGGAUUUGACAAAACUUACGCGGAAAUGUCAAAGGAGGAAAAGAACAUCAUAUCGCAUAGAUAUCGUGCAUUGGAUAAGCUAAAAGCAUACCUGGCUACUAUAUCGACUGCCUAGAUAGAAGGCUGCCUGGAUUUACUAUACCCCCUUGUCGUAGUGGUCACUUGAGGAAUGGAAUUUUUGAGGUCUCUUACACAGUGUGGGGGAAAAUAUACAAGGUGGUACAUAUUAUCACCUUGCUUGCAACGCAAGGUCACCCGGUGUUGGCUUCGUGUACAAAACGUACAUAGGAACCAACACGCGCCCGAUUUGUUCACAAUCCAGCCCCUUUCACUAUUCCUACACCAUAGGAGAUUGUGAGCUGGCAUACGUUCGUUCCUGUGGCCUUGCUUUUGGCGUUCACAAUCACCUCCUGAUUAUCAGCCCCUUUUACUACCCCAUCCCC